UCAACAGGUGGUCAUCAAAUAAGCCUUCGAAAAAGCGUGCGUUUUUUCUAUAUGUCUCUGUUCUCCACGUGCAAUACGCUUUUCGUCGAAUUUUUGGGUUGCCGAUUUCUAAAGGGAAAACGAAUCAAGACGGGACUUCUUCCAGUAGUUCUGUUCUUGUAGACGAAGCUUGGUCACGACGGCCACCAGCAUCAGGCUCACCAACUUUAUCCGGAGAUGAGCAGGAGGCUCAAAAAUUCUCUUUGAAUACCUAUUUCGGCAGCAAGAACGAAGUCCUUUCCAUUCUCUUCGCUUUCGACUGCCUGGCAGAGUACUACGGCAAACAAGCUUCAGUUGAAGAGCAUUCUGUGGAUAAGGAACAAUUGUACAAGCUCUUGCUGGAGGCUGAAAACCAAGAAAUGAUAACGAUAGAAGAGAUGAAGCAUGAUCAUCCGUCCACUUCUAGAUCACGCAGAAGCAGGUCUUCAGUAAAGCAGUUACGACAAGCAGAUAACGACCAUAACGACAAAGAACAUGCUUUGCUUCAAGAUUUCUAUCUUUGUCAAAUAGCACAUCAUGGUGAUGGAGCUGAUGAAGCUGCAGCGAGUCAGGUGGACUUAUCAUUUGCAUGUCCAGUCUUCGAGUUUGAGCAUCAUAAAAUGCACAAAACCGAUCCGAGAAAGAUGCAUUUCUUCGUGAUGGCGGCUAACGGGAUCCCAAUAACCACCAGCUUGCUCGAAAAGGAGCUAAAACUCCUUGGCGCCAGAGCUACUAGUGGAGAAGUCUUAAAAACUCUAUUCCAAGAAGAGGACGAUGAGGUUGUGGUCAUGGCUGUUCCACCUGAUGAGGGGUUGUUUUUUUUGGAGGAACACGAUGAGGUGGCAGAUGUUGAAGAAGCGGAGGAGCAACAUGCUGCUCGUAGUACUGUGUCUGUGAUGGACGUACCAGGCGACGGAGGAGCAAGUGUUGAUCCACAACAAGGGGUAGCGGUAGAGGAACCGGAAGUGCC